AAGUUGAUGACCACAGUGGUAUCCCUAUUUGCCUCGUCCUACGUCUUCGAGUGGCCCAAAUACAUGAAGGAUGUUCAGCUUCUAUAUCCACCCGCCUUCGACGCGCGUGUCGUCCUCUACCCCACAGAUGCCAAUCUUCGCGACUACCUCAGCUGGCGGCAAGUUGAUUUUACUCGACCCGUUUGGCAUCCAAUCGGUGGUACGGUGUCGACCUAUAUACUGUAA